GUUACUCCGGCCGUUAAUACUCAUCCCUUCCCAAUGCCACUCCUCCUCUCUCAGCUCCAUCCCUCUGUAUAACUAAUGAUGCUGCGAAUAGAGAGAACAAAACAUAUAUACACCAAAAGUUCUCUGGAACGCAGGCAAGAAGAAAGCAAAAAGGAAAAUGGAGGGAGAGAUCCACCAUAGGUUUGUGGCAGUGAAUGGCAUAAACAUGCACAUAGCCGAGAAGGGGGAGGGCCCCGUGGUCCUCCUCCUCCAUGGCUUCCCAGAACUCUGGUACUCGUGGCGCCACCAAAUCCUCGCCCUAUCCGCCGCCGGCUACCGCGCCAUCGCCCCCGACCUCCGAGGCUUCGGCGAUACCGACGCCCCUCCCGAGGCCUCCUCCUACACCAUGUUCCACGUCGUCGGCGACCUCGUCGCCCUCAUUCACACGCUUGGCCAAGAGAAGGUGUUUGUGGUGGGUCAUGACUGGGGAGCGAUGGUGGCGUGGAGUCUCUGCAUGUUUCGGCCCGACAAGGUGCGGGCGCUGGUGAAUCUGAGCGUGGCCUUCCGGCCGAGGAGCCCGGACCGGAAGCCGGUGGAGACCUUGAGGGCGGUCUACGGUGACGACUACUAUAUUUGUACUUUCCAGGAACCUGGUCGAACUGAAGCUGAAUUUGCUUGCAUUCCGACUGCUUUGGUGAUAAAGAAGUUCUUAACAUAUCAUGAUCCAAGCCCUGUUAUUGUGCCCAAGGAGAAUGGGUUUGCAGCUUCCCCAGAUAAGGAAAUUACCCUGCCUUCUUGGUUGUCAGAAGAGGACAUCAACUAUUUUGCUAGUAAAUUUGAUAAGUCAGGCUUCACCGGAGGAUUGAACUACUACCGAGCUCUGGACUUAAACUGGGAGCUCACGGCACCAUGGACUGGAAUGCAGAUUAAAGUUCCUGUUAAGUUCAUUGUGGGGAAUCAAGAUCUGAUGUACAACAUUCCGGGGGUUAAAGACUAUAUACACAAGGGUGGCUUCAAAAAAGAUGUGCCUUUCUUAGAGGAUGUAGUUGUCAUAGAAGGCGCAGGGCACUUCAUUAACCAGGAGAAGCCACAGGAGACCACUGAUCACAUCUAUGAGUUCAUUCAAAAAUUCUGAAUUGCUUAGCCAACGCUGUGAUCCAUGCAUAAUCCAGGAGUGUGACCUUUGUCACUAGCAUCUUUUCUAAUCAUAUGGUCACUGUUUUGAUUGCUUACAUGAAUUAGAUUUAGUCUUAUUUGGAUAAGGCAUGGAGAAUGUAAGAAGCCUCCAUUUAUAAAAUACUAGCACUGAGCAUGUGCAAGAUAUAAGUACUAUUUUGAUGUUCCAAAUCAAAAUAGCACUAGAAGUUCAGUUGGAGAUGAGGUGAACUAGUGAACAUUUCGUU